AUGCCGGUAGAAUUGAGACCUAGGAGGUCGAAGGGUAUGCACACUAUGACGAAGAGCCCUGAUACCAUGAAUUCCGCUGACCAAAGUGAAGCUACCACGCCUGCAGAGUCGGCCGCUGUCGAAGCGACGCCAAAGCCUAAAGUUGCAAAGACGCCCAAGUCCACGAAGCGCAAGGCCGAGGAUGAUUCCCCCACCGCUACGAAGAAGCAGAAGUCCGUGAAGACACCGGCUAAGACCAAGGAGGUUGCGGACGCCCCAGCUGAAGGAGCCGAGAUAUCGACCCCGGCGCCCAAGACCAAGAAGGCAAAGACACCUGCGAAGAAGAAGGAUACGGAGGAAUCAGCUCCAGAGGCGUCUGAGAAGCCAACGCCAAAGCCCAAGAAGGAAAAGACACCUGCCAAACCCAAUGAGACACCUCAGUCUGCCAUCGUAGAGACCCCUAAACCUGCCGGCAAGGUCACUCCGAAGCCUACUGCCAAGGAGACUCCAAAGGCUAUUAGCAAGGCAACGCCGAAGUCUGUCACGGAAGCUGCUGCCAAGGAGACACCCAAGUCGGCUGGCAAGGCACCUCCGAAGUCUGCUCCGAAGUCUGCCGUCAAGGAGACCGCUCAGCCUGCUGAAAAGGCAACCCCAAGAUCUACCGCCAAGGGCACUCCGAAGUCUGCCACCAAAGAGGCUGACGGAACCCCUGCCCCCAAGCCCAAAGCCAAACAGGAGAAGACCCCGAAGAAGACGCCCGCUCAGCCCACUCCCGCAAAAUCCGCGAAGGCCGUGAAGAAAGCCGAACCCGAGCAGAUCGUCGAGGAGCAGGAGAAGGUUGCCGAAGAGGUGGAGAAGGAUGCCACGGCUGCUGCUGAGGAGGAGCAAGCCUUCUCUGAUGAGGAGGUUGACGAACAGACCAAAGCUCUUGUCCUGGCUGUCGACAGUGGAGAUGAAGACGAGCAAGCUUCUGGAGUGAUCACCUUUGAGGAGGGGCAAGACGUGGGUAAAAUUCCUGACAUCUCCAAGGAGCUCUCCAAGAAGGAGAAGAAGGAGAAGAAGGCCCUCAAGGCCGCCUCAAAGACCAAGGAGGAGACUGGAGUGAUCUACAUCGGCCGUCUGCCCCAUGGUUUCUACGAGCACGAGAUGAAGAAUUACUUCUCCCAGUUCGGUGCGAUUCGCAACUUGAGAGUCUCCAGAAACAAGAAGACCGGAAGGGCGAAGCACUUCGCUUUCGUGGAGUUUGAAGAGGCUAGCACUGCUGAGAUUGUGGCUAAGACUAUGGACAACUAUCUGCUGUUUGGACACAUCCUCAAAUGCAGUGUCAUUCCCAAGGCACAAGUUCACAAAGACCUGUUCAAGGGCUCGAACAAGAGAUUUAAGUCGAUACCAUGGAACAAGAUGCAGGGCAAGGAAAUGGAGCGACCAAAGUUGGAGAAGCAGUGGGAGAGGAGCAUCAAGCGAGAGAACAAGAAGCGAGCUGCGAGAGCGAAGAAGCUUGAGGCCUUGGGUUACGAGUUCAACGCGCCGGAACUCAAGUCCGUCACCGAGGCGAAGGCCGCCGUGGAGCAAGGAGAGGCACCCAAGGCGAUCGAGGCACCCCCACCUGCAACUGAGGCCGAGACUGAGGCUGUUGCUCCUGCCGAGAAUGUUGAGGAGGCCACUGUUGAGGAUGCAAAGGAAGACGUGGAGGCGGACCCGGCUAAGAAGGCCACUAGGGGCAGGGGAAGACCUGCAAAGGCGCCGAAGGCAGCCGCUGUGGCAGAGACGCCGAGAAAGACGAGGAGGACUAAGGCGUAG